GUGUGGGGCAGCCCUGAAGGAUCAGAAUGCCUGCCCUCCUCCAACGAGGACAGGCAUCGGCAGGUGGGGGAAGGAUGGACCCCCAUCUUGUUGGCUGCUUUCUGAGGGUAUAGAGAGGAUUUCCUGUGCAGCAAUAGCAGCAGGACCUGGGGAGCUGGUCCCCACCUGCCACAUUCUCAGGCUUCAGCUGCUGCUGCUGAGAGGCCAGAAACUGUUCUACACCUUCACAAUUCCUGGUUGCACAAAUCAGAGAGGCCAGGCCAGGAGCCUCGUGUCUCUUUGGUUUGCAGUGCCAGAUGGCAUUGCAGAAGGGCUUGGCAGAAGGUGGCAUCUCUUCCUCUACUGCCAGCAAUGACCAGGUGCUCCAGGCUGAGUCUCCACAUAACUCAGAGAACCAAAUGUGCCCAAUCUGCUUGGACAUCAUUAACAACCAAGUGUCAGUGAGCUGGUGCAGCCAUGCUUUCUGCUUUCCUUGCAUACUGGAAUGGUCCCGCAACAGAGCUGUGUGCCCCAUCUGCCGGGAGCCUUUCCGAUACCUCCUCCGCAAAGUGGGAGACAAUAACUAUGAGGUAUACUCGAUAGGGCACUACACAAGCUCUGCAAGAUAUAAUCGAGGAAGGAGAGUUCAUCACCACUCUGCAGAAAGGAGGUGGCAUCAUUCCACAGGCCACCGUCACCGCAGAUCUUCCAGCGAUGAGCGCAGCAGCAUCCGUGCCAGAGACUGGGGAAGGGACCGCAGCAGGUCCCGGAGGCGGAGCCACGAUAGCCACAGCAGGGGUCAGCAGACUGGGAGUUAUGACCCCUCCAGCAGCAGGAGAUGGCAGCACAGCAGGGCUCACAGCACGGCUUCUGAAACUUCUCGCAGUUGGGACCAAGCUACAAGGCACGAACGGGAUGUCCCAGUGCGCAUGGGGAGGAGUGAGCAUCGUCAGCGGGCACAAUGGGAAUCACGGGCAACAGGGAGCCGAUCUCGUCAAUCCCGGUGGAGAUCCCACACCCCUGAGGGGCACCGGGGCAGGUAGCACACCCUACCAAGAAGGGUACUACUGUAUGUCCUGCUACGUGUGUCACAAAUUACAGUACUUCACACGAAAGUUGGUCCUACUAAAAAUUCCAAAAAUAAAGUCAAUUCCAACCAUUAGA